UAUUUCGGAAUUCUAUACACUAACCGUUGAAGGUCGAAAAGUGAUUUCUACUUUCACUUUUUAGUUAGGCCAAAUGGAAUGAUUGAUUACACAACGUGAAAGAAGACAGAUUAAUGAGGAAACUUGUUGUUAAAGGUAAAGUGAUUGUUGGUUGUUGAGAUGCCCAAUCUCGGAGACUGGAAGGUUUGGUGUGGAACUCUCCUGUCUUUCCUUGUUCUUUACCUCCUUAACCACAUUAUAUUUGAUGUUCCCUGUCACUCAAUCUUCACUAAGCUCUGGGCUGGACUGCUUGCUCCGGUAUGUGGAGUGUCAGCUAUAGUGUGCUUUGACGUGGCACGACGGAAAUCUUCCACCUUCCACACAAACCGCAGCAAGUUUGACCAAUAUGUUGCCAUUACUGGUUUAUCCUGGAUGGGUUGGUUUGCCAGAAGGAAAAUGGAUAAAUCCUGUAAAGAUGUUAUAGGAACGCAGAACAGUCUUCUCCAAAGUCAUCUGAAAGAGAAUGCUGAGACGCAGUAUGGUAGGAAGUAUGGAUUUUCUGAUAUACACAGCAGAGAGGACUAUGUUAAGCAGCUUCCACUGACCUACAUAUCCCACUAUGAACCGUACAUUCAACAAAUGAUGAAGGGAGAGCAGAAAAUACUCACUACUCGACCACCAGUCAUAUUUGCUGUCACCUCAGGGACUUCUGGGAAAUCCAGUAUUCUACCAAUGACAGGAAAACAGAGGUUGUUGUUCUUUAUUCAGGGCAUCUCAGUGGCUUAUCACAGCUUGCUGAAAGAAUUUCCAGAAAAUAACAAUCUUCAGAAAACAUUGAAAUUUUUCUACACACCACAAUGGAGGAAAUCAGAGUGUGGUAUUCUAAUAGGCCCGAAUUCCUCAUCACCGACUAACUCCAAACAUCUCCUCAAUAUAUACUCUACACCAAAAGCUGGGUUUGAAAUUCUUAGUGAGCCGGAGGCAUUAUAUGUACAUCUGUUGUUUGGAUUGAGAGAUAAAAGUUUGGGUAUGCUAGAAGCCAAUUUUUCCUCCAUUAUCCUGUCCUCGUUUGAUGCUCUGUAUCAGAACUGGUCCGACAUUGCUGACGAUAUUGAGCGAGGGGAAGUGAAUCCAAAACUCAACAUUGAGGAAUCAAUCAGAGAGGAACUAAACUCUUGUUUAAAGCCAGACCCACAAAGGGCCAAAGAAAUACGAGAGAUAAUGAAAACGGGAAGUAAAGUAGGGAUUGGUAAACUGUUAUGGCCUGAUUGUAAUCUUGUUUUAGCUGCAGACUCGGGAAGUUUUGAUCUCCCUGCCAAGGUAUUGAGGGAGACCUAUUGUAAAGGGAUUCCCAUUUACUCUCCUCUGUAUGCGGCUUCUGAGGGCCUCCUGGGACUAAACAUCUGGCCAAAGAAACACCCCAGCCAGUAUGUGCUGACCCCUCAGUCCAUGUUCUUUGAGUUUAUCCCUGUAGAGCUUUCAAAUGAGGACCAGCCUAAGACCCUCUUUAUGGACGAGGUUGAGAAAGGAAAGGAGUAUGAACUUGUUAUAACUAAUGCCAGUGGCCUGUGUCGAUAUCGCUUUGGUGACAUCGUCAAAGUGGUUGAUUUCUACUAUCAGUGUCCUGUCAUAGAAUUUCAGCACAGAAAGGGUCAGUUUUUGAAUGUACGAGGGGAGAAGACUUCCGAGUCCCUCUUUUAUCAAGCCCUGGUGGAAGCGGAGUUUGCCUGGUUUCCACAGAAACUUGUAAACUACUGCUGUGUAGAGAGUCUGUUGAUUGAUGACAAGGGAAACAGUUAUGCCCCUUUCUAUCACCUGUUCCUAGAACUGGAGGAUGAUUCUAAACUCUUAACACAAGGACAACGAGAAAUGGUUGACAAAGAAUUGUGUUCUCGAUCCUAUGUGUAUCAGUCAUUUAGAAACAAAGGCAGCAUUCAGCCUGUCAGAGUACAUCAAGUAAAAUCGGGGACAUUUGAAGAACUGCGUAAAUUUAUCAUCGACAACACUCAGGCCUCAGCAAAUCAGUACAAAGUCCCAAGGGUUCUAAAAACUAAGGAGGCAGUCAAUGUUCUCUUGAAAAAUGUUCUGGAUGGUAAAUAAGUUGUGACCCCUUCCCCCAUCAAACGGUGCACAGGAACAAACAUAAACAAAGAGAUAGCUAGAGAGAGAUUAAAUAUCCAGUAUAAAAUAUAAAUAUAUUUAUUGUUCUGGUGUUUAAUAUUAUUAAAAGACAAAUUCUUAGUUAAAAUAUAAAAGUUAUUAUUCCAGUAUUUAAUUUUACUGAUGACAAAGUACCUUUGUAAGGACUUAUUUGUGAUUUUUGAAUCUGAUGUUCACAAAUGUUAAUAUUUCUAUUUGACUAUAAGUUAGUAGAUGAUGUGCUUUUAAAGCUAGAAAAAUUAAUCUAAAUAUACCUGUAAAUUCGAGUCUGAUACAGAGUUUAUAAAGGUACAUAAAUUAGAAAUGAAUAUAUAUAUUUCCAAAUAAUGUUGUACAGUUAUAAACUGGUACAGUGGAGCCUCAUUUAUCUGGACGCUUUGGUUCCUACAAUGUAGUCAAUUUGUCCGGACAUGUGAAUCAUCCGGAUAUAUGAAUUACCAGUUAAACAAGACAAAAUAAUGUUAAAAAAUUCUGUUUCAAUGAAAAGUUGUCCGAAUACUGAAGCAACUGGAUAUCUGGCGUCCAGAUAUCUGAAGGUCCACUGUAUUACUCCAGAAGUCUCAAAUAUGGGACUAUAAUAAAAUCUGUUUUAAGUACAGGG